AACUUCAGCAGCUGGAGGAGGCAGAUCUCACCAAGUUUGGUUUCACUACCCUCUCUGUGAAGAGUGAAAAGUCAUCACAGCUUUAUCAAAGCCAAAGUGAUGAGAGCACAGAGGCUGAGCCUGUACCUAGCAGCUCAUCCGUACACAGAAGACUGACAGCAGAAGCUGAUGGAGAGGAUGACAGUGGAUCACAACCAGUCAGCAAGUCAGGUCCAAGCAGUCAUUUACAACCAGAUACCAGUGGCAGGAGUUCAGACAGUUCUGGAACUGAUACUGAUGACAGUUAUGACUGGAAACAAACCAGAGAACGUUGAUCAUGUUAUACAAGCAGCAAACAUGUCGACUAACCAAUCAGAGCUGCAACACAACUUUCUGACAUCUACCACAGUGAUGGGACAAGAGCAAAUCCAACCAGAACAGACUCUGAAAGACCAAGAGGAAGUACAAAAUUCACCACUUUCAUCAAAACAAAACUUGAUGUCAUCUGUCCCAGUGGAACAGUCCAUCAACAUGGCCCACCUGCAAGCACCAGUUUUACCAACUCAACCUUCAGUGUCAGUAAAAUCAGAGCCGAAGAAACAACGCGAUGGACCGCAUGUAAAGAAACCACCUAAUGCCUUCAUGAUGUUUGCGAAGGAGCAGAGAGAAAUGAUCAAGACACAAUAUGGAGUGACACAUAGCUCCAUGGUGCAUCAGAUUCUGGGAGAGAAAUGGAGAAGUAUGACCAAGGAGGAACAAGACAAAUACUACAGUCAGGCUGAAGAAGAGAAAAGACUCCACUCCCAGCUGCACCCAAACUGGUCAUUCAAAGAUAGUUAUGGUAAAAGCAAAAAGAAGGCGAAGAACAGGAGCAACUCAUGCUUUACCAACGAAGAAUGUCCAUUGGACUUGUCACAGCCAAAGCGACGUUGUGUGCACCCAGUUUAUGAUGGAACGUCUGAGGUACAGAAGGUGAAAGUGCAGACAGAAACAUGGGGAGCUGUGAGGAACCAUCCACCAACACAGAGUGAAACCAUGCAGCCGUGGAUGUACACAAAAGAUACACUGCCAUCCACAAGCAGUUUAAUAAGAAAAUCAAAGCCAAAGAAACAACGUGAUGGACCGCAUGUAAAGAAACCGCCUAAUGCCUUCAUGAUGUUUGUGAAGGAGCAGAGAGAAAUUAUCAAGGCACAAUAUGAGGUGACAGAUAGCUCCUUGGUGCUCCAGAUUCUGGGAGAGAAAUGGAGAAGUAUGACCAAGGAACAACAAGACAAAUACUACGAUCAGGCUGAAGAAGAGAAAAGACUCCACUCCCAGCUGCACCCAGACUGGUCGUUCAAAGACAGUUAUGGCAAAAACAAAAAGAAGGCGAAGAACAACAGCAACUCAUGCUUUACCAACGAAGGGCCUAAAGUGCCUCAGAAUCAUACAACAGAGAAGACAGGAGACGAGGACAGUCCCUCUGCUUUCACGCUCUUCAGUAUGAAGUACUUGCCUUCUGUCAUUGCUGCGUUCACAACGCACAUCGACAGCAACAUAGUCCAGAAGAUUUUGGAAGAACAAUGGAAAACUCUGUCCAAGAAAGAAAAAGGCACUUACUAUAAACAGGCUUAUGACUUAAAAAGUGACUCCAAGCAGCAACAACGCGACUGUGCAUCUGAUGACAGAGAGGUCAUUGGUGAGAGUUCCACUCUGACUGAAGAAUGUCCAUUGGACUUGUCACAGCCAAAGCGACGUGUGCACCCAGUUUAUGAUGGAACAUCUGAGGUACAGAAUCUGAAAGUGCAGACGGAAACAUGGGGAGCUGUGAGGAACCAUCCACCAACACAGAGUGAAACCAUGCAGCCGUGGAUGUACACAAAUGAUACACUGCCAUCCACAAGCAGUUUAAUAAGGCAGCAACCAACACAGUCUGGUGCAGAAAUAAGAAGAUUCGAGUCUGAGAAACGACUUGAUGGGCCGAAGACAAAGAAACCGCCUAAUGCCUUCAUGAUGUUUCUGAAAGAGCAGAGAGAAACUAUCAAGGCCCAGUAUGAGGUGACAAAUUACGCUGUGGUGCAUCAGAUUCUGGGAGAGAAAUGGCAAAGUAUGACCAAGGAGCAACAAGCCAAAUACUACGAUCAGGCUGAAGAAGAGAAAAGACUCCACUCCCAGCUGCACCCAGACUGGUUGUUCAAAGACAGUUAUCGUUCAAGGAAGCCGAGGCAGAGGGUCAGACCUUCCACUGACAUCCAAGAGUGUCCACAGCACAAACGACAACGUGUGCACCCAGUUUAUGAAGGAAUGCCUGAAACACAGAAUGUUAUAGUGGAGACGGAAUCACAGGGAACUGAGUCACAGCCUGUUGCAGAAAUAAGAUCCAAGUCUGAGAAACGACCUGAUGAGCCGCACGUAAAGAAACCGCCUAAUGCCUUCAUGAUGUUUGUGAAGGAGCAGAGGGAAACUAUCAAGGAACAAUAUGAGGUGACAAAUAGCGCCGUGGUGCUCCAGAUUCUGGGAGAGAAAUGGAGAAGUAUGACCAAGGAGCAACAAGACAAAUACUACGAUCAGGCUGAAGAAGAGAAAAGACUCCACUACCAGCUGCACCCAGACUGGUCGUUCAAAGACCGUUAUGGUUUAAAAAGGCAGAGGAAGAGGAUCAGACCUUCCACCAACAUCCAAGAACAUUCAGAGGACUUACUUGAGCCUAAGCCGUGUUGUUUCUGGCCAGAAUAUCAUGGAAUGCCUGAAACACAGAAUGUGAAAGUGGAGACAGAAACACAGGGAGCUGAGAGGAACCAUUCACCAACACAGAGAGGAACCAUGCAGCCGUGCAUGCAGACCAGUGUUACACUGCCAUCCACAGACAAUUUGACAAUGCAGCAGACAACACAGCCUGAAGCGAUGCAGCAGCCAUCACGACCCAGUGUCAUGCACCAGCCAUUACGGCCCACUCUGAUGCCGCAGCCGAGACGGCCCAGUGUGAUGCACCAGCCAUUACGGCCCACUCUGAUGCCGCAGCCGAGACGGCCCAGUGUGAUGGAGCAGACAUCAGGACCCAGUGUGAUGGAGCAGGGAAUGCACAGCUUCAUAAUGCAACAACCCACAUGCACUCUCAUGAUGCAGCAGCAAACACGACAGCUGUGAUCCAGCAGGAAACACAGACCAAUGUGAUGCAGGAAUCCAGGAAUAUUGUCAUGAUGCAGCAGCAAACGAGUUCUACUGUGGCGCAGCAUGCACGGCACAAACAUCUGCUGUAAUUACAACACAUGAAGCUCCACAGUUGCCUGCUAGUUGUUUCAAGUGUAAGAAUAAAAGUAUUAUAUUGUG